AAAACCACGUUCAUGUCUUUGAAACUCGAUUAUAAACAUGACCAUGCUCUUUGUGAAAAGCAAAUGAUUUAAUAAAUAAGGGGAAGUGACUUUGGAAACGAAUACAAGCCAUGCAAACGUUAAGCCAUGUACCUCUUGAAGAGGUGACUUGAAGGCCCUGUCACCUGUGGAGUCCGUUUUAAACUUCAUCUGCAAAUUAAGGUCUCCCAGAGUUAGGACACUUCCCUACCCCCAACACACUCGCCUGUCAACCCAUUUUGCUCAGUUAUAACCUUCCUUCACCACAAAAGUACAAGGAUCUCAGCACUUUCUGUUCAUCAGUUGUGCUAAACUGAUGCCUGUCUCCAGCAGGUCUCGUAUUUUUUUACCCCCUUUAAGAUACUUCUGGUGCUAAGUCUAGCUCUAAUUCUAACACAGUUCCACUGACCUUGUGUGCACAGUAGCUGAAAUACUGGGGUCAUCUUCAUCUGUCCUAGGUGAGACUGCUGUUUAUCAAAAGGAAACUUUUGUACCAUUUGCCUUCAGAUAAAAUCUGUCUGCAUGUUCUAGAGUUUUAUUAUUCAAAAAAUAAAUGUCAUUUAUUUGAUUGAGGUGGUGCCAUGCAGCAAGCAGCAGAGAGAUGCAGAGUUCGAGCCAGAAGGCCUGACAUGGCACUUUAUAUACCGAAAGCUCGAAGGGGUAUAGUGCUGCUUAAGUCAGGUGAUGAAGAAAAAAGCUGUGGUCCACCUAACUCUGUGGUGAAAGAAGAACAAAAAGAAGAUGGUCUCUUCCAAAAGGAGAUCUUUAGAGGCAAAUCUGAGACUCAGACACUAAGCAUUAAUCCUGAUGAUAAGGAACACAACCAUAAGGAAGGAAAGAAGUUUUCAACAAAAUUAAGAAAAGACACAUGCCUUCAAGAAAGAAAGAAAGACAGGGUUUGUGUUAGGAGGGGAACCACAGAAUCUAAAGAAGCAUUAUCCCAAGGACAUCAGCAAAGUGUCCCAAAUCCUGGGAUGCUACCUAGUGCACCUUUACAAAGACACGUUAAACCAAAGAAGGUGGAGUGUUUGGAGGUCGAAACCACAAAUGUGAUAGGACCUGGGAAGUUGCUUCUAUCUCAGUCUUGUUCAGAAGUGGGUGAGGCCCAGGUUCUAAACAAACCAUUCCAAAAUACGGAAUUCUGUGAUUUCAGUAGGCACAAAGUAAGUGGCAAAACGUUCAAAGGCAGAGAUUUGGAAAACAGAAUUGAAACUGAUGUCAAGGUGGUGGAGAUACUAUCCCAGUUUCCUGGAGUUUUUAAUUCUGUAUUGAAACCUGAGAGUAAGACUGUGCCAGUAAAACUAAGUUCUGAUUCUGAAACUGUACCAGAAAGUAUGCAGACAUCGUGUGGAAUGUUGACUCUCGGCAAUGGAGGCAUCACUGCCAUUUCUGUUCCUGGAAGUGCAGAUGGUGUCACUGACCAAACUUGUGUAGACUUUGAAGCUGAGAAUGUUGGUGAUACAGCCAACAGUACAGAUAUCAUCUUGGCUCAGAGAGGUAUAGAUUCCAUUCCUGAGACUCUGGGUCACCUCUCUCAUAAAAUGACCAUAGUCAGCAAAUUAGAGAGUAUAAAUGGCAUUUUUGAUCCAACACUGAUUAGAGAGUAUGAGAAGAAUGACAGUACUGCUGAUGACUUGUGUAUAAGGUAUGAACCUUCUGAUACAGCUCUCCUUGCUCAUGAAACAGAUCUAGAUAAUGGGCUGAAGAGUGUAGGUGACAUUACCCAUAAGGCAUGUAAGAUGGACAUUACAGAUGUCCUGUCUGAUCAGAUAACUGUGGGCAGCCCUUGUGUAGCUGCAGUUAGAACAGCUGGUGAGGCCUGUAGCAACACAAAUAGUUUCUCAAAAUAUUUAGAAAUGAGUGCAGAUACAGCCCCUCUUCAUGUAGCUGGGAGUGGGAAUGACAUAGAAAAUUUCAGCAGCCUGACUGCUUGCUCAGAUAUUUAUGCUGAGAGUAUUUCAUCUAGUUUCACAGAGUCAACAGGAAAGUUGAUAGAGAGCUUGUCAGAUUGUGCUUCCUCCUUACCUAUAAAGAAGAUUGCUGGUAGUAAUUGUAGCACUUUUUUGGACUGUGAACUCAGUAUGUUAAAUGGGACAAAAGUACUUUCAGACAGUGCCUUGGGCAUUGAUCUAGAUUGUACGGGUGAUAUAACAGAGGCAUUGCAUGAACUAAAAACUGCCGAAGAGUUCGAAACAAAAGAGGAAGAUAACUCAGAGAAUAUAGAAUUUGGUGUAUCCUUUCCUGAUACGGAAUCUGUAUCUAUGGAAACAUCUAUGGAACCGAAAGCAACGGAAACAUCUCAUGUGGAGGGAAGUACUGCUACUGAGGACAGCUGGGAGUCUCUGUUUAAUGAUGAUGGUGACUGCUUGGAUCCACGUCUUCUACAAGAGUUAUCAGGGAAUAUGAAGAAUAGAGAAAGCAUCCAGGAACCUAGAUUUGAUUAUUACAACCAUGAAGUUUCUGAUAUUGACCUCAGUGAUUGUGAAUUUCCACAUGUCAUAGAAAUUUAUGACUUCCCCCAAGAAUUUCGUACUGAAGACCUCCUGCGGGUUUUCUGCAGUUAUCAAAAGAAAGGAUUUGAUAUUAAAUGGGUGGAUGAUACACACGCCCUAGGAGUAUUCUCCAGUCCAAUUACAGCUCGUGAUGCUCUGGGUAGUAAACAUACCAUGGUGAAAAUCAGGCCAUUGUCACAGGCCACAAGAGCAGCCAAGGCCAAAGCUAGAGCUUAUGCCGAGUUCCUCCAGCCAGCAAAGGAGCGUCCUGAGACUUCAGCAGCCCUAGCCAGAAGGUUAGUCAUCAGUGCCCUUGGGGUUCGAAGUAAACAGAGCAAAACAGAAAGGGAAGCAGAGCUCAAGAAACUGCAGGAGGCCCGAGAGAGAAAGCGACUGGAAGCCAAGCAACGGGAAGAUGUCUGGGAAGGCAGAGACCAGUCUGCAGUUUGAACAUCACUUAAGGAAAUGGAUAGUUCCAUGAAUUCAGAAAUUAAUUCCAUAGUCUUCGGAUAGGAGGAUCCUUCUAGAGUUCUGUGUACAUGCAGAAGUGCGUGUUCAUGAAAGAACGAGAUAAAGCCAUUGAGGCGAGCACUGACUGGGUCUAGAAAGAAGGUGGACUCCUGUCCGUCUUUGCUUCUAAUUGCAGUCAUUUGGAAUUGCCAUACUGUGUUGGGCAUAGAAAGGAGCCAUCAGCUAGGAAGCUGACUUGUGGCAAUUUGGAUAUGACUUCCAAGAGUCCUCUGGGCGUGGCAAGCCCCACUGUUACCAUGGCUCAUGUGUCUAAGAUGUCUGAAGCAGAUACAAAAGAGAGGAUUCAAACCUGCCAUGAUGGGCCAUUCCGGCCCUGAAAAGGUAGGGUGUUCUUUCGGGCCUCACAGAGCCAAGGGGUGGCGGAGGGAACAGUGUUUGAAGUACUUGGUACUCACCGAAUCCACACUGUCAAUUCCAGAACUCUGGAGCUGGUGAGCUGCAGCAGAUGUAGGUGUUUGAGCUCCAGAGUUUGUACUGGGCCGGGCGCCUGGGGCUGCUCCAGCUGCACAGCAGCCAAGGGCAUGCCUGCUUCAGCCCUCUAGAAAGCCAGCCUUGGGAGCCGUGUGCUAGUCCCCGCUGAAAGUACUACCGUGUUGUGAGAGGGAGACAUUAAAGCUCAGUCUAUGACCUACA